GGAGUAUCCGUCGAAAGCCAUUGUACUAAUUGUUUCAUACUUGUGAACCGUGCUUGUGGAGGAUAACAGCAAGUCUGAUCGCGCGGCGCGAUUUUUCUUCAACCAAUUACCAGUUGGCUACCAACUUCACGUAACGUUUUGCUGAAAUAUAUAGGAAGGCCAUGAUGUCAGCAGCGCAAGGGCUCAGCUUGGCUGGACGAGCAAAGCAAGAAAUGCAGCAGCGACUAUGGAACAUCGUCCCAGCAGCGGCAAGCAACGUAGGACGGUUAUCACGGCUUAUGUCAACCGCCACGCCGCCACAGCAGGGGGCGGCAAGCGGUGAAGACAUCCAGACCCGAGCUGAGCGCAUGGAGGUGGGCAGUGACGAGAGCCCGGAGGAGCUCGAAGCACGAAAGCGCCGAGCACUGCAAAGCUAUUUGGAGCAGCAGCUGGGCGGCGGCGAGCCGGACCGCGCCUCCCUGGCGGUGCUCCUGCAGCGGCACGGGGUGGUGGUGCGGGGCGGGCAGCAGCAGGCGCUGGAGCUCAUGAGCGCACUCAUGGCUUGGAAGCGGGGAGAGUGGAAGGCGGAUGUGUGAACCCCUCGCUGCUUUAUGGGGCCGGUUAAGGAGCAGCGUGCCAGGUCGGUCACACAGCAACAUACAGCUCCUCGCUAAAUCGAGCGAAAGACAUCCAAUAAAGUGGAAGGAGAGGAAAGAGGGAGUGCAGGAGGUGGGGCAUGUCGGCUGGGCUUCAUCCACUUGGGGGCGCAACUGCUAGGAUGAGCUGCUUAGCGAGGGUUGUGGGGCUGAGCGGUUACUAGCCGCGCCGUCGCUCGAACCAGCGACGUGUUUAGGGGUUACAAGCAGGCGUACGUCCCUCAAGAACGACACGCGGUGCAAAAACCAUUAUGGAGGGUAGAGGAGGGGUUUAACGUCUUUUUUUAUUGUUAGAAUAGGGGUUACC